GGCGGGGGGGCGUGUAGGUGGACCGCACGCCUUAGUAGAGCUCCUGCAGGCCAGUGUGAGAUUCACGACUUUCUACCCAGAAAGCAUUCAUGCAGCUGCAUGCAGACUUGGCUCCGGAUUGCAAAGGAUUCAGGGAGAGGAGCCCGUUUGCAUUCCACCGCAGGUGCAAGACGAUGGAGGUGAAAUCAGAACACCAGGACGAAGACAUUGCAUUCGGCAACACUGACGCUAACGGCAAACGCCCGGCUGAGGACAUGGACAUGGAAGAGCAUGCCUUCAAACGUUCUCGCAACGCAGAUGAGAUGGUGGAGCUGCGGGUGCUGCUGCAGAGCAAAAAUGCUGGCGCCGUCAUCGGAAAGGGAGGCAAGAACAUAAAAGCCCUACGCACAGACUACAAUGCCAGUGUAUCAGUCCCAGACAGCAGUGGCCCAGAGCGAAUCCUGAGUGUGAACGCCGGCAUCGACACCAUCGGAGACAUCCUGCUGAAAAUCAUCCCAACUCUAGAGGAGUACCAGCAUUACAGCGGGAUUGAUUUUGACUCGGAGCUUCGCCUGCUGAUCCAUCAGAGCUUGGCAGGGGGCAUCAUCGGGGUAAAAGGUGCCAAGAUAAAGGAGCUGAGAGAGAACACCCAGACCACUAUCAAGCUGUUCCAGGAGUGUUGCCCGCACUCCACCGACAGGGUGGUGUUGGUGGGAGGAAAGCCGGAGCGCAUCAUUGAAUGUAUAAAGGUCAUCCUGGAGCUGGUGUCAGAGGCGCCCAUCAAAGGGCGGGCUCAGCCGUACGACCCCAACUUCUACGACGAGACGUACGACUACGGCGGCUUCACCGCGCUGUUCGAGGAGCGAGGCAGGCGGCCCGUCGCCGGCUUCGCCGUCCGCGUGCGCGGCGGCGGCUUCGAGCGCCUGCCCCCCCUGCGCGGAAACAGACCCAUGCCGCCCUCCAGGAGGGACUACGACGACAUAAGCCCCCGCCGCGGCCCCCCGCCACCGCCGCCGCUGAGCAGAGGCGGACGAGGGGGGAGCCGGGCGCGUAACCUGCCUCUGCCCCCGCACCGACGCGAGGAGGGUGAGGGCGACGGGUUCUCACACGGCAGCUAUCGUGGCGGCAUGGACGACAGGCCGAGUGACAGAAGGGGCCGAGGAGGAGAUCGCUACGACAGCCUGAGUGGAGGUGGAUAUGACAACAAUUCUUCUUCCUGGGAGCGCUUUCAGUCCGGUGGCCGAGGCUCGUACGGCGACAUUGGAGGCCCAGUCGUCACGACACAAGUCACCAUCCCGAAAGAUCUGGCCGGCUCCAUCAUCGGUAAGGGCGGCCAGAGGAUCAAGCAGAUCCGCCACGAGUCCGGGGCGUCCAUCAAGAUAGACGAACCACUAGAGGGCUCCGAGGACCGCAUCAUCACCAUCACAGGAACACAGGACCAGAUCCAGAACGCCCAGUACCUGCUGCAGAACAGUGUGAGGCAGUACUCUGGUCGCUUCUUCUGAGAAGAGGGAUGAGAAGAGUGAAGCCAUGCUGCCACACUGUUUCCUACUUUUCAGAGCAGACAUUCCUCUGCUUGGCCUCCUUCCCGGGCGACUACUCUCUCUCACUCUCACACACACACACACACACACACACACACACACCCAACGCCAUCGAAAGAAACCACAACAGAGAAAGCCUACGCUGUCAAGCAGCCAACACGUCUCUGUACCGGUGUCAUUAUUUUGAAUUUGAUUCCUGUGCCGUCAUUGGAGUAAAGUCAUCUGUGUGAUAACUUUUUUUUGGUGUUGUGGGCUGCCGCCCCCCCCCCACACGCACACCACUCGAGCCCUUAUCUCCCAUUUCAGUACAGCAUGCAGAAUGUAAUCUUUUUUUCUACGGAACAUUAUGUGAGAUUUGUUUGUCUUAUUUACCCCCUCCAGCGCUUACUCACUCGUGUCUGAAUCAACAUGCAUGUUUUCAGACCGUUUAUUUUACAACUUCCUGUAUCUUUUUCCACUCAUAAAUAAAGUGCUUUCUGGUAGGUUCUUUUUAAAGGCGUCGUCAAACAUUUUCGUUUAUUCUCAUUCUGGCGUAGAUUUAGAGUGCGCGCUCGUGUGUGUGCGUGGGUGUGUGUAUGUGUGUGAUGGAUAUAGUUCAAGGAGCCAGGCGAGCCGUUUCUGUUUCCCGAAAUGACAUUUUAUUUCUGCUCUCAGUUUGGAUGAAUGUGCCAGUGUGAUUGCAGUAAGACAAAAUAUCUUUGUUUCUGCAAAGAAUGAAGCUGGCUAAAACAUGUGUGUAUAUAUUUGCUUAGCAACAGUCAUUUCAGAAGUGGUUCGGUUAGAUAGGCCCUGAUUACUUACUACUCUAUUCUCUUGGCAGGAUAUGGCGCCAUAAAACCGGUUUGUGUGGUUUCUCUUCUUGUCUUAUUUGUUUUCCGUCACACUCAACAGGCUGCAUUGCAACUCAAACAUCCACCCUGUUUGAUCGAAUUAUUCUUGCAGAAGUGUUUCUAAUAUUGAAAAUUGAUUUGAAGUUAUUUUAUUUGGGGGGGGGGGGGGGGAACCCCUAACUGCAGAUGUUUGAUAUGGGGAACCUUGAGUUUUGUGUCUGCUCACAUCUGUAUCUCAUAUCUCUAGUAGCCUACAGUUUACUAAAUAAAGUGGUUUGCCACAGCUCAUCAAAGA